AUCUUUUUUUUGGAACAAAAAUAAUAUUUUUACACUUUUUUUAAAAAUGCAUAAUAUAAAUCAAACAACAUUUUUAUCAGCAAUUCAGAUGCUUAAUCUUGAGCAACUUCAUAGUGAAAUUUCAAUGUUGAAUAAUUCAAUUAAACACUUGAUUCGUUCUAAUAAUGAUUUAAAAGAAUAUACACAAGAAGCUUGGGCAGAAGAAACCAUCAAAGAAAAUGAACAAGUAAUUAUAAGACAGAAAGAAAAAAUAGAGAUGAUUUCAAAAGAAAUAGAAAAGAGAAAUGCAUUAAAAGAUAACAAUACAUAUAUAUUAUCAUCUAAAGAUGUAUAAUUUUUAAUACAUCUUUAAUACCAGAAAAACAAAUUAAAAAUAAAAC